UAACAAAACGCCGAAAACGCUUACUUAUCGCGUGAAAUCUCGAGCUUAUUGCACGCGCCCAGCGUUCUCCCCAAACCUCUGCUAAUUCCCGAGCCUAUCUAUCUUCUUCAUCUUCUUCAUUCGUCACUCUCAAGAACAUCACAGUCUCCGUUUUCUCUUCUUCUUCUUCUUCCGAAUCGAUUUGACUAUGGAAAACCUAGCUUUAUCUUUUCCAUCUCCCAAAAUGGUUCUAGGUUGUUCAUUCAACCCUAAAGACGGCAUUCUAAACAGAACCGCGUUUUCAUUCCGCUCUCGCCAAUUGUAUAAUCGAAGAAGAAGCUAUGAUAUCAGCCGCCCAUCUGUUUCUAUUGUUUCAGCUGUUUCUUCUUCUACAUCUCAGAUAAGCAAUGAUCGACCUGCUCAAAUAACUCUGAAAGUUGAAGCUUUACAGAAGCAGCAAAUACCAUGUUUCGCAAGCACUACUACUUCCAGUGGCCAAACUACUUCUUCCAUUGCUGUUAACCCACAGCUUGUGGCUCGCCCCCCUCCAUCAAAUGUAGGGUCUCCUCUCUUUUGGAUUGGAGUUGGUGUUGGGCUUUCAGCAUUUUUCUCAUGGGCUGCUGGAUACUUGAAGAAAUAUGCAAUGCAACAAGCAAUGAAGACCAUGAUGGGGCAAAUGGGUUCACAAAACAAUCAGUUCAAUACUGCUGGCUUUCCAUCUGGAUCACCUUUCCCAUUUCCUACUCCAUCACCAAUGCCAUCAGCUUCUCCUUUUUCAAGUCCAUCUCCAACAAAAACUGUUGUUUCACCUUCUCCAGCUAGCUCUCCAUCUGGAAUGACUGUUGAUGUAUCCGUCACUGAAGUUGAAACCUCAUCUUCAGUAGAUGCCAUUGAUGAUUCGAAAUCUGAUAAACCAAGAAAAUCUGCAUUUCAAGAUGUAUCUCCAGCAGAAACAUUACAGAAUAGCCCCUUUGGAAGUUAUGAAGAAGCAACUAAGACUAAAUCAACGGGGAAUACCAAUUCCUCCAACCAAGUUUCUCAAAAUGGUGCUGCUUCAAAAUCUGUUUUUGGUGCAUCUGAAGGUUCCCCCUUUACUGGAAACCAAAGUUCUGCUUUCUCAGUGGAGGCUUUGGAGAAAAUGAUGGAAGAUCCAACAGUGCAGAAGAUGGUUUAUCCUUAUCUACCAGAGGAGAUGAGAAAUCCAACUACUUUCAAAUGGAUGCUACAGAAUCCAACAUAUCGACAACAACUGCAAGAUAUGCUAAAUAACAUGGGUGGUACUCCAGAAUGGGACAACAAAGUGAUGGAUUCGAUGAAGAAUUUUGAUCUCAGCAGUCCUGAAGUAAAGCAGCAGUUUGAUCAAAUUGGACUUACACCAGAACAGGUUAUUUCGAAAAUUAUGGACAAUCCUGAUGUUGCCAUGGCAUUUCAAAAUCCAAGAGUCCAACAAGCCAUCAUGGAAUGUUCCCAAAAUCCUCUCAGUAUAACCAAGUAUCAAAAUGACAAGGAGGUUAUGGAUGUAUUCAACAAAAUAUCAGAACUCUUCCCUGAAGUGACAGGAUCACCAUGAACUAGAGCUUAAGUCGCCAAAGCCUCGUUUGAACUGCAAAAAAAAUCGAUAAAUUCUUGAUUUUGAUCAAGUGGGCAUAUUCUCCUGACAUAGAAUUCCAUACAGGGCUGUUUUCCAAAUAAAAGAAGAUGAAGGAUUUAGAUGUAAUGUAUCCUUAGAUAUGCGGUAUUUUGCAAAUUUUUUUCUUUUCUUUUUUUGGGGUUUCUAUAUAAGAUGAUGGAUUCAUUGUUUUGUGAUGAUUAGGGUUGGUAAUGGAUGGGUUUUUAAAAGGGACCCAAUUCAAACCAGUCAAAUACCUGACCCUGACCCGAUUUGAUUUUGGAUUGUUUGUUUAUUAGGCUGUAAAACUUAGAGGGGAGGAUUAGAUUGGUAAAAAAUGUUAUUUUUAUAAGAAAAACAGAUAGAAAGUUUGAAGCA